AUUUUAUCUUUCUCUAUUGAAGGAUGCAUCUUCAAAAAAUUUUUUAGGUUAGCUUUAUUGUUAAUUUAUUGUGUUAUUUUACCAUCAAAAUGGCAGAUAAAGCAAUAUUAAAGCAAAUUGCUGAGCAAAAGCUCAAAGCAUUUUCAAUUGGUACAAUGGGUAAACGUCCAAUGAGUAAAAAAGAAGUUGAAGAUCAAAGAAAAAAAGAACAAGAACAAGCAGCAGCACAAGCAUUUGAAGAAUUUGUUGCAACAUUUCAAGAAACACCAAAUAAAACAACAAGUAAAGUAUGGGUUAAAGCUGGUACAUAUGAUGCUGGUAAAAGACAAGAAGAUACUAGAGAAAAAGGAAAAUUAUAUAAACCACAAUCGAAAUUAUCUGAACUUGUUGAUAGUCGUUCAUCAGCUGAACAAGCACAAGAAUAUGCAAAACUUCUUGGUUCAAAUGAUAGAAAAAAUGAUAGACUUGGAAAGAAAAAAAAAGAAGGUGAAAAAAAAAAAAGUAAUUUAGAAUUAUUUAAAGAAGAACUUAAAAUGAUACAAGAAGAAAGAGAAGAACGACAUAAAUAUAAAGGUGUUGUUAAAACUGUUAUAUCAACACAAAGUGAAGAUCCAAUGAUGGCUGCACUUAAAUCAGUUGAAGAUGGUUCUUUUGAUAAUGGUGAUCCAAACACGACAAAUUUAUACCUUGGUAAUCUAAAUCCAAAGAUAACUGAACAACAAUUGAUGGAAAUAUUUGGUAAAUUUGGACCAUUGGCAAGUAUUAAAAUAAUGUGGCCAAGAAGUGAUGAAGAAAAAGCACGUCAACGAAAUUGUGGUUUUGUUGCAUUUAUGAGUCGUAAAGAUGGUGAACGUGCUCUUAAAAAUUUAAAUGGUCGUGAUAUAAUGCAGUAUGAGAUGAAACUCGGUUGGGGUAAAAGUGUUCCAAUACCACCAUAUCCAAUAUACGUACCACCAGCACUUAUGGAAUUGACUCAACCACCACCACCAUCAGGACUUCCAUUCAAUGCUCAACCACAUCGUCGUGACAGACACAAGAUACCACGUAUCCGCCAUCUCCAGAGUGCGGACCCAGAGGAAAAGGAAAACUUUGAAAAGAUAUUGCAGAAUGCUGUUGUCAAAGUGGUUAUUCCAACGGAAAGGAACUUAGUCAUGUUGAUACAUAGAAUGGUUGAAUUUGUCAUAAGAGAAGGUCCAAUGUUUGAAGCAAUGAUCAUGAAUCGUGAAAUAAGUAAUCCAAUGUUUAGAUUUUUAUUUGAAAAUUAUUCACCAGCUCAUACGUAUUAUCGUUGGAAAUUAUAUUCAAUACUUCAGGGUGAUUGUCAAAAAGAAUGGCAAGUUGAUGAUUUUAGAAUGUUCAAAGGUGGAAGUGUUUGGCGACCACCACCAAUGAAUCCAUGGACUCAAGGUAUGCCUGAUGAACUUGUUGAAAUUGAAGAAAAACAAGAACCAAGAAGAGGAAGUUUAUCAAAUAGUCAACGUGAUAGACUUGAAGAUUUAUUAAGAAAUAUAACACCAGAACGUUUAAAAGUUGCUGAAGUUAUGAUAUUUUGUAUUGAACAUGCUGAAGCUGCUGAAGAAAUAUGUGAUUGUAUAUCUGAAUCAUUAUCAAUACUACAAACACCAGUUAAUAAAAAAAUUGCACGAUUAUAUUUAAUAUCAGAUAUAUUACAUAAUUGUGGUGUUAAAAUGACAAAUGCAACAAUAUAUAGAAAAGCUUUUGAAGCACGUUUGAUGAAUAUAUUUAGUGAAGUACAUCAAGCACAUAAAGAAUUUGAUGGUCGUUUAAAAGCUGAAGGUUUUAAAAUUCGUGUUAUGAGAAUGUUCAAAGCUUGGGAAGAUUGGACAGUAUAUCCACGUGAUUUUUUAUCAAAAUUACAAAAUACAUUUUUAGGAUUAGCUAUUAAUGAUGAAUCAGAUAAAUUAAAUGAAGAUGAUUUAGAUGGUGCACCAUUAUCAGAUAUUGAUGGUGAUCAAAAUGAAGAUCUUGAUGGUGUACCACUUGAUGGUGCUGCAUUAUUAAAAGGUGCUAUGAAACUUGGAUUAACACCUCAACCAACAAAUCAUUAUGAUGACAUUGAUGGAAUACCAAUGGAUGAUGAUAUUGAUGGUAUACCAAUGGAUGAUGAUAAUCGUAAUAAUUCACGUAAUAAAAAUAAUGAUAAUAAAAAAUUAACAAUGCCUGCUGGUUUUGUACCAUCAAGAUGGGAAACAGUUGAUCCAGAUCAAGUUGAAGCACAAGCAAUGACAACAAGUAAAUGGGAAGAAUUAGAACAUAAUGAUGAUUCAAAUUCACAAGAUACUAGUAUUGAUUCAACAAGUCGUGAUUAUAAUGAAGAAAGACGUACACGUUUACGUGAAAUUGAAGUUAAAACAAUGCAAUAUCAAGAUGAAUUAGAAAGUGGAAGAAGAUCACUUAAAUCUGGUAUGACAAUACAAUCACAAGUUGAACAUUAUAGAAAAAAACUCAUUAGAAAGUAUGCAAUGCAGAGUGAAAAAGACACAAAAGAAAGUAAAAGUGUUGAAAGAGAUGAUGAAAAAAGACGUGAUAGAAGAAGAAGUACAUCACCAGAUUCACCAUCAUCACAUUAUCGUGAUAGAUCAAGACGUGGUUCACCAAAUUCACCACAAUUAAAAACAAGUAGAUAUAGAUCACGUAGUAGAUCACCACGUAGUAGAAGAAGAUCAAGAUCACCAUAUAAAAAACGUGCACCAACAACACCAUCACCACCAAGAAUACGUAAAUCACCAUCACCAGUAUUUUCAUCAUCAAGGUUAUCAAGAAGAUCACCUGGUAGUGAAAGAAGUGAUCGUAGUGAUAGAAAAAGACGUGCAAGAUCACCAUCAAUGUCACCACCACCACCACCAUCUUCAUCAUCAUCAUCAUCAUCAUCAAGAACAAAUGUUAAACAUCGUCUUGGUAGUCCACCAACACCACCAAGAAAACACAGACAUAAACACAAGUACUAAUUUAUUUAUUAUUAUUUAUUAAUUAAUAAAUUAAUAAUUAAUAAUUAUUUAACUGUAAAACAUUGAUAAAAAGAAAAAAAAAUUAAU